GGCUUCCGGGAUCUGGCAAAGUCUUUUCCUCUGGCUCCUGCUAGGGCGCGGGUUAGGUGUUUACCGACUUGUGUCCUCGGCUUCCGGAGGCCCGGGUGACUCUGCCACAGCCUCGGCCUCCGUCGCUCUGUGAGCUGAUUCGCAUGAUUCGCAGCUGAGACUCCGCGACACCCUGAAGCCCAGAAAUGGAACUCUUAACAUUCAGGGAUGUGGCCGUAGAAUUCUCCUUAGAAGAGUGGAAAUGUCUGGAUCCUGCCCAGCAGAAUUUAUAUAGAGAUGUGAUGUUGGAGAAUUACAGAAACCUGGUCUCCCUGGGUGUUGUGAUCUCUAACCCAGACCUGGUCACCUAUCUGGAGCAAAGAAAAGAGCCCUACAAUUUGAAGAUACAUGAGACAGCAGCCAAACCCCCAGCUACGUGUUCUCCUUUUACCCAAGACCUUUCACCAGUUCCGGGGAUAGAAGAUUCAUCCCAUAAACGUAUACUGAGAAGAUGUGAGAAAUAUGGACAUGAGAAUUUACGAUUAAGAAAAGACUACAAAAGUGUGAAUGCGUGUAACGUGCAGAAAGGAGUUUAUAAUGGGCUUUUCCAAUGCUUGUCGAUUUCCCAGAGCAAAAUAUUUCAGUGUAAUGCAUGUGUUGAAGUUUUUAGUAAAUUUCCAAAUUCAAACAAACAGACAAAACACACUGGAGAGAAACUCUUUACAUGUACAGAAUGUGGCAGAUCAUUUUACAUGUCACACCUAACUCAACAUACAGGAAUUCAUGCUGGAGAGCAACCCUGCAAAUGUGAAAAAUGUGGUAAAUCCUUUAAUAGGUCCACAUCCCUUACUAAACAUAAGAGAGUUCAUACUGGAGAGAAACCCUACACAUGUGAAGAAUGUGGCAAAACCUUUAGACGGUCCACAGUGCUGAAGGAACAUAAGAAAAUUCAUACUGGAGAAAAACCCUACAAAUGUGAAGAAUGUGGCAAAGCCUUUACACGGUCCACAACGCUGAAUGAACAUAAGAAAAUUCAUACUGGAGAGAAACCCUACAAAUGUAAAGAAUGUGGCAAAACCUUUAGAUGGUCCACAAGCCUGAAUGAACAUAAGAAUAUUCAUACUGGAGAGAAACCCUACAAAUGUAAAGAAUGUGGCAAGACCUUUAGACAGUCUAGAAGCCUGAAUGAACAUAAAAAUAUUCAUACUGGAGAAAAACCCUACACAUGUGAAAAAUGUGGCAAAGCUUUUAACCAAUCCUCAAGUCUUACUAUACACAGGAGCAUUCAUUCUGAACAAAAACUUUACAAAUGUGAAGAAUGUGGCAAAGCCUUUACUUGGUCCUCAUCCCUUAAUAAACAUAAGAGAAUUCAUACUGGAGAGAAGCCCUACACAUGUGAAGAAUGUGGCAAAGCCUUUCAUAGGUCCUCACACCUUGCUAAGCAUAAGAGAAUUCACACUGGAGAGAAACCCUACAGAUGUGAAGAAUGUGGCAAAGCUUUUAACCAAUCCUCCACUCUUAUAUUACACAAGAGAAUUCAUUCUGGGCAAAAACCUUACAAAUGUGAGGAAUGUGGCAAAGCCUUUACACGGUCCACAACUCUGAAUGAACAUAAGAAAAUUCAUACUGGAGAGAAGCCCUACAAAUGUAAAGAAUGUGGCAAAGCCUUUAUAUGGUCCACAAGCCUGAGUGAACAUAAGAAUAUUCAUACUGGAGAGAAACCCUACAAAUGUAAAGAAUGUGGCAAAGCUUUUAACCAAUCCUCAGGCCUUAUUAUACACAGGAGCAUUCAUUCUGAACAAAAACUUUACAAAUGUGAAGAAUGUGGCAAAGCCUUUACUCGGUCCACAGCCCUGAAUGAACAUAAGAAAAUUCAUUCUGGAGAGAAACCCUACAAAUGUAAAGAAUGUGGCAAAGCCUAUAACUUAUCCUCAACCCUUAAUAAACAUAAGAGAAUUCAUACUGGAGAGAAACCCUUCAGAUGUGAAGAAUGUGGCAAAGCCUUCAGUUGGUCCUCAUCCCUUACUAAACAUAAGAUAAUUCAUACUGGAAAGAAAUUCUACAAAUGUGAAGAAUGUGGCAGAGCUUUUACUCGGCCCUCAACCCUUACUGUACAUAAACGAAUUCAUACUGUCAAGGAACAUAUUUGAUAACAUAGUUGAAUGACAUUGCUAAGUAAUUUUUUUCUUCCAGUGUCUUUAAACAAAUAAAUUCAAGAAUAUUGUUCCCAUA